AGGAAGCUGAGCUGCUCUUGCUUCGCUUUCCGUGGGGCAGCUCCAAAUUCGACCUCAUUAACUCAGGAGAGACCCGAAAAUGACCCCCCAAACCCCCCCUGAGCCCCCCAAAUGCUGCUGCUUCAACAUCAAGACAGCGACGGCGACCCUGGGGAUCUUCCACAUGGUCAUGAGCGUCCUGCUGCUGAUCGAGUAUUCCCUGGAGGUGGCCAACGGGAAGGGCUUCUGCAAAGACCUGGACAAGGAUUCCUACAGAAUUGCUGAUGUCACCACCAGUUUCCUGCUGAUCCUCAUGUUGUUUGUCAUCAGCCUGCACCUCCUGCUCGGGGUGCUCAAGGAGAGGGAGCGGCUCCUGAUCCCCUUCCUGGCUCUGCAAGUCAUUGAUUUCCUCCUCAGCCUCCUGACCAUGUUCAGCUCCUACAUCCAGGUGCCCGUGAUCAUCUCCGUGUCCUCCCUGGGCCACACGCAGGGCCACUCCAGGAUUCCCCUGCUGGCGCUGCAGCUGCUGGAUUUCUGCCUGAGCAUCCUCACCCUCUGCAGCUCCUACAUGGAGGUGCCCACCUACCUCAGCCUCAAGCCCGGGGACAGCAGGGGCUCUGUGCCAGCCCUGGAGUCGCUGCCAGCAGAGGAAUACGCCAAAGUGAUGAUCACCUUCACCAUCGCCUUCGUGGCCGUGCUCGUCCUCAAGGCCUACAUGUUCCAGUGUGUCCUGAGCUGCUUUAAGUACAUCAAAGCCAGCAGGAGGGAGGAGGUGAAGGCAGAGACACCGGCAGUGGAAAAGGCCGUGCUGCCGUCCUAUGAAGAAGCCCUGGAAUUGCCUUCCAAGGAUUCCCUCCCUCCCUACGUGUCCAUCUGAGCCCAGCCCAGGGGAGAGGCGGCACUGGCUGCUGCUGCUGUGCCUCUCCCCUCCUGGCAGAGCCCAUUCCCUGCUCCAGAGCACUUCCCAGCUUUUUCCAGAUCCUUCCAGGGAACUGCCGGGCUCUUGUCCCGCUCUGGCAUCUCCAUUUCCCGUCUCUGGUUCCCAGCCCUGGGAGCUGGGAUUUGGCUGCUGAGGGUGCUGAGGGUGAGGAGGGUGAGGAGGAUGAUGAGGGUGAGGAGGGUGCUGAGGGUGCUGAGGAUGAUGAGGGUGAGGAGGAUGCUGAGGGUGCUGAGGAUGAUGAGGGUGCUGAGAGUGCUGAGGGAGCUGAGGAGCUGAGGAUCUGAGAGUGCUGAGGAUGCUGAGGAAGGUGCUGAGGAUGCUGAGGGUGCUGAGGAAGGUGCUGAGGAUGCUGAGGGUGCUGAGGGUGCUGAGGAAGGUGCUGAGGAUGCUGAGGAUGAUGAGGAUGCUGAGGAAGGUGCUGAGGGUGCUGAGCCCUGCCAGCUCCGCUCGGUGCCUCCAGGAUCCUUCUCCUCUGGCUCAGCCCUUUAGGAAUUGGGAUUAAGGGAUGAGCAGGGAAGGAAUUUUCCCUGGGAUAAGCGAGCCCUGCAGCUCCCACAGCCAGAAUUCCUAGAGAAAAGGGAUCAGCCAAACCCCCCCAGGAACUGCAGCUCUCCCCCUGUCUGCUUGUGGUGAUUGACAGAGACCCAGAAUAUCCAGCCCAGCGUUGCUCUGCAGUUUCAUACCCGAGUGGGUGCGUUUUUCUGUGCUUCUGUGGGACUUGGAAGACGAGUUUCAAUUAAAAUAAAAACCUUAAUGGCUUCCAAACUGUGAGUCUGGUUUCU